CAAUUACCCUCUUCUUCUUCUUCCUCAUCAAUUUCUUGGACCCUAUCAAUCUCUCUUUUAAUAUUGGUACGUGUCUAAACUAGUUUGGCAGAGGAGAAAGCAAGCUAAGAUAGUGAUGCCGCUUUGUUUUAUGAGCCGUCCACUCACUCUUUCCAAGAAGGGAAAUCCUAUGAUCCCUGAGAUCGGAACUGAAAUGGAAGAGAUCCGACGAUCAGAUCCCAAUUCUACAUUGUGGUUCAUCACAAGUUCAUCAACAGCUGAGUAUUUAAUCAUGUACGAGUUUCUUUAAUUCCAAUAAAAUACAGAUGCCCACCAAUCCCUUUUCUGUCCCUGAAGUUGGAGCAGGGAGGCUGCCCUUUCCCUUCUCCAAAACAACACUUCAAUCCAAAAGCCACUUCUGAAAAGCACUUUGCCUGUUUCUAAAAUAUAUCCUUCUGAAAAGCUAUUAUUUUCCCUUUCAAAAUCAGUUUUUCCACAAUCUUUGCCAUUCUAAAUUCUCCUUCAUCCAUAAACAUGCUCUUGUGGAGCUCUUCAGUACCAAUCUUAAACUCAUGGCUUCCCCAUUCCAAAGAGUACUCACCAGAGCCAGAGUUUCAGAUCCUCCAAAGAACCGAAUCAAUUUCCUUUCACUCUCAACCUUCCAUUGAUGACCCAACAAAGAAAGUCACAACCAAUUCCCAAUCCUUGCAACAAGAAGCCAAUCUCCAAAAGCCCAAGAAGGGCUCACCUGUCACUGCAACAAACAACAGUGUAAGAAAGAUAGUAAUGAGGAAGAGAAAGAAGCAAAACCCAAUUCAAGAAUUCAAAAACUCUUUUUAGGUUCUGGGUUGGGCGAGAAAGUGGUGACUGAUGAUGAUGAUAAGGAAAAGGGAUGCGGGUUGCAGACACUUGUAGUGGGUAAUGGAAUGGGGAGUGAAGGUGGUGGUGGUAGUGGAGGGAGAAGAUCGGAUAGUGGAGGUGGUAAUGGUGGUUCAGAGUUUUAUGGGAAUGACAAUACUGAUGCUUAUUAUCAGAAAAUGAUUUCAGCUGAUCCUGAAAAUGGACUUUUACUUGGAAACUAUGCCAAGUUCUUGGAAGAGUUUCGAGGAGAUUUUGCUAAAGCAAAGGAGUUGUGUGAGAGAGCAAUUUUGGCAAAUCCAAAUGAUGGAGAUAUUUUGUCAUUAUAUGCUGAUCUAAUAUGGAAAAAAGAAAAGGAUGCUCAGAGAGCUGAGAAUUACUUUGAUCAAGCUGUAAAAACUUCUCUAGAGAACUGGUGAGGCAGAUCCAACUUUGACAUGGCAUUUGAUGUUCCCCAAUUAAAGAUUCAAGAACUUGAAACUAAUUAAUUUCCUCUUCUUUAUAAAAAAAAAAAAAUCCAAAUCUUGCAGCUAUGUCUUAGCUUCAUACGCUAGAUUUCUAUGGGAAGCAGAGGACGAAAAUGAAGAUGGCCAACAAGAAAAUAAAUCUUCACCCAGUUUCUUGCAUAGCUCUCCCCCGUCCCCACCAUGACCGUCCCCCUUUGGCUGCAGCCUCCUAGUAACAUCACAAUGUGAACUGUGAUUUUAUUUUGUGUAUAUUAUGCAAUUGAAUUCUAAUUCUAAUGCUUUAAUACUAAAUUAGUAAUUAAUUACCUAAA